AUGGUGGUGAGUGAUGGUCAGGUCUUGAUGGAGCCGCCGGAGGACAUGCACUUCACCGCGGCCAAGCUGUGCCUCGGGAAGUCUCCGACUGGCAGCGCGCAUGGCGCGCAUGGCGCGUGGCAAGGCACGGGGUACCUGAGCUCCGCGCUGGGCAUCGUCUUCCUGCAGCUGACGGUCGCGUGGUGCCUGUACAGCACCAUGGGCAAUGCCCACGGGGCCUGCGCCACCUCGGAGGACUGCGGGAGAGCGAUGUGGUGCACGGUCUCGCGGCAUCCCAGGACCUCGUCCGGAGGCAUGUGCCUUGGAUGCGGCUUUCGCGACGCUUACAAGAAGGACCUGGCGAACCAAUUCUGCCAUGCGAAUGGGACCGUGUUGAGCAGCGCGCGUGCGGCGGAUUUGCAGCUUGCGGUGGAGGAACCGGAUUCGCUAGGCAACCCGCAGUCGAUUUAUAUAAUACUGACCAUGGCCGAUGUGGAGGCCUUGUGUGCGGAUUGUACCAGCCCCCGCGGUUUCAUGCCUCAGCUGGCCGAGAUGAAUAUCAAGGCGAUAGGCUUGCGUGAGGGCGUGAUGUACGCACUGGUGGCGGCCGCUUCGGCACUCUGCAUCAUGGAGGAAUCGCUUGCACUCUUCAAGACACUGCUCUACCUCCACCGCGUGCAACCCCCGGAGGAUAGGAGAGACGGGCUGUGGAGGCUCAAGCGCCGGGCUUUGCUGCUGCUCCAGACGGCCAGGGUAUUCACUUUGGCGAGCGUGCUCGUGUGCGUGCCUCUGUUCAUCCUUUUCGACUCCGCGGACGGCGUCUCGAUUCUCCUCAACACGGUGGCGUGCUUGUUCAUCCUGGAGCUGGACAACUUGGCAUUUGCCUACGGGGUGCGGGAGCUGCAGCGGACCGAGAUCCUGGAGCCCUUCACGUGCUCGCUGGCGGAUGCGACCAAUGUGGAGCGCGCCAAGGAGCUCCUGGCUGUUGCCUCUCUUCUGGGCAUCAGCUUGGUGGGCCUGGGCCGCAACAUGGAGGGCAGUUACCUGGUUCUCCCAUGGGCGCUGGUCAUAGUCGCCUGCACCUUAGGUGAGGCGCUACUUACUUGCUGCAAAGGCAGGCCGUCGAUAGGGGCGUGCUGCUUCAUCCUUGUGCGCACGAGCUUGAUGUUUGUGCUGACCCUUUUCUACCCGCUCAUCUUCUCGGGAGGGACGUGGUGGAUACCGUACUAA